AUGGAGUGCAGAUUGAUAUUAAGUUUGUUCCUAGUUUCCUUUGUUUCUGGUUCCGUCAUCAUUCCUGAGGAGCUACCGUCGCUGCUGUCGGUGGCUUACUCCAACAUACCACCGAUAAAGAAAGGGACGGACUCACGUAUUGGUUUCGGCUUCGCUUUCGGGAACCACGCUGACUUCCAAGUCAUGUUGGAGCUCGGACCUCAGACUAACACUAUGCCACUCAAUGGCCAGCCGUUCCCCAAGAACAACCCAAAUCCCAGCAGUAACGCCAAGAGACAGGCACCAAUUCUUCCAGGAGACACCAAGAUUCACCAGAAUAUCGACGAACCUAGGAAUUAUCUCCAAAACUGGGCCCAAAAAAUGAGGAGUCCACAGAAAGUUAAGAAGCCUUCCCAAAAACCUGGUGAGGUCAUUAACCUCGAGGAAUCCAUGGUUGAAUUGGUCAAGAACAGCAACGGAGAAUAUGAAAUACAUCAGCCAAAACCGGGGGACAUGCCGCAUCACGUGUUGAACAACUUGAAGAAGUUAUACGGACAGAAGAAGGAAGAAGCGAAGAAGAUGGAGAAGAAACGAAGUGAAGAACAAGUGAAGAAGAUUACAGAAGAUUUGUCUAACGUGGAGAUUGAAUAA